UCUGUGGUGGGUCAGUGUACGCUUGUUUUCACUUAUAAACAGACAGCGGGGUUACUUUUAGUUAUGUCAGAACAUUUGGUGCUGUCAUCAGGGGCAGAACUGUGGAGAUCUCUGGCCUGUACCAGGUCCGAGCUGCGUCUGGAUCUCACUCUCACCUGUGGACAAUCUUUCCGGUAAUUAUAAGUCUAACUCAGAUGUAACGCUAGUCUGUCAUCAUUAUAAUCAACAGGGGAGUUUCCGCAUAGACCUAAUACAGUUUACAUCCUCGUAUGACACUUUGUAUUGACACAUUUUCAUCCCACAGCUGGAGAGAAACCGCAGAAGGCCACUGGACUGGAGUGAUGGGAGGACGAGUUUGGACUCUGACUCAGACAGAUGACACUCUCUGGUACCAUGUUUACCAAAGGUCAGACAGGCAGGGUGAGGCCAGGGGCAGGAAGAGGAGGGCUGGUGUUCCUCUCCAGGUGGAAAACAAGUCAAAGAAGAGAUUCAAAGGAGCUUUGAAGAAGGAGGAGGAGCCGGUGGCUGUGACUCCAGUGCAGGAGGAAGAGGAGAUGCUGAGAGACUACUUCCAGCUGAAUGUUGAUAUGGGGGAUCUGUACAACAAAUGGGGAGCAGCAGACCCCCACUUUCAGCACAUUGCAGGCAACUUCACAGGUGUGCGAAUGCUGCGUCAGGACCCCACUGAAUGUCUGUUUUCCAUCAUUUGCACCCCCAACAACAAACUCUCUCGUGUCCAUGGCAUGGUGGAGAGGAUGUGUCAGGCUCUGGGCGACCCGCUGUGCAAACUGGAUGAAACCUCUUACCACAACUUUCCUUCAGUGUCUGCGCUCGCAGACAACAGCGUAGAAGCUCGUCUCAAGGAUCUGGGUUUUGGAUACAGGGCUCGGUUCAUUCAGCAGAGCGCGGCUAAGAUUUUGGACACCCAGUGGUUCGAAGGUCUACGCAGCAUCCCGUAUCUGCAGGCCCGAGAUGCUCUGCGUGCUCUCCCCGGCGUUGGCCCCAAGGUGGCAAACUGUGUAUGUCUGAUGUCCCUGGAUAAGACAGAGGCCGUGCCCAUUGACACACACGUGUGGCAGAUUGCUAAACGCGACUACAGCGACGCACCUGGCAACGGACAAAAGAGCAUCACAGAAAAACUUCACAGAGAUCUUGGGGAUUUUUUCAGAAACCUGUGGGGUUCUCAUGCUGGUUGGGCACAGGCGGUGCUGUUCUGUGCUGAACUCCAGAGAUAAACAAGCUUCUUACAUCAGGACUCACAUCAGAUUACAACACCAACCAUAGCUUCACUUAAAAAAAUAUACAAACACUAUAAUAAUCAUGGUAUAAAACUAAUUAUUGUCAAAAGAUUCUCAGGGUUUAUAUUUAGAUGUGUUUAUGUUGUUUAUUGUGACCUCUUCUUUGUCUACUUUUCUGUGAGUUCACUACUACA